CCGUGGGCCUCCCUUAUGGUCCCGGCUUCUUUGGGAAACAGGCACCCAUGCUGUGGGCUGGGCUGCGGCCAGGCGGCUGUCACUCACGCAGACUCUGCUGCAACCUGUGGGGGGCGUGUGUUUCUGCAGAGCGGGGAUGACGAGGAGUACCAGCGCAUCUACUCCACGAAGAUCAAGCCUCGGCUGAAGCCAGAGGAUGGAGUGGAAGGGGAGCCUGGGGAGACCCAGAGCCGCACCAUCACGGUGACUAGGAGGGUCACAGCCUACACCGUGGAUGUGACGAGCCGCGAAGGAGCCAAGGACAUCGACAUUAGCAGCCCUGAGUUCAAGAUCAAGAUUCCACGGCACGAACUGACUGAAAUCUCCACUGUGGAUGUGGAGACCCAGCCUGGGAAGACAGUGAUCAGACUGCCCUCGGGCUCGGGGGCACUGUCCCCCGCCCCAGGCUCCACUGUGGACAUCCAAGCAGGGUCCAUUUCCACUUCAGGACCAGAGCUCCAAGGUGCUGGCCACUCGAAGGUCCAGGUCACCGUGCCUGGGAUAAAGGUGGGAAGCCCGGGUGUUAGUGUCGGUGCAAAGGGCUUGGACUUAGGGAGCAAAGGAGGGGUCCAAGUCCCAGGGGCGGAAGUUUUGUCUUCUCCUGGGGGUGGGGCAGCAGAGUGGCAGGGCCCAGCUCUUGAGAGUGGCAAUCAUGGGAAAAUUAAAUUUCCCUCCAUGAAGCUGCCAAAAUUUGGUGUGUCAACAGGGCUUGAGGGUCAGGCCCCAGAGGCAGGGUCGAGUGUUUCUGCCCCUGAAUUCUCUUCGGGGCACAAGGGUGGCAAGCCAGGCUUGACCGUUGGCGGGAACAUCCAGACCCCUCAUCUAGAAGUCAGUGGUGCCUCUGCCAGUACUAGGGGGCUUGAGGGGAAGCUGAAGGGCCCCCAAAUCACUGGGCCAUCCCUUGAGGGUGACCUGGGCCUGAAAGGUACCAAGCCACAGGGGAGUUCAAGGGUGGACAUCUCUGUGCCCAAAAUCGAGGGCAGCAUCGCUGGCUCCAGGGUGGAAGUUCAAACUCCUAACGCUGAUAUUCAUGGUCCAGGGGGCAAACUGAAUAUGCCCAAGGUGAAGGCCCCCAAAUUCUCUGUAUCAGGUUCUAAGGGAGAGGGAGCUGGCCUUGAUGUGACACUUCCUGGGGUCUCUGGGGAUGUUGGCCUGCCUGAGGUUGCUUCUGGGGGGCUGGAAGGGAAGAUGAAAGGUCCUAAAAUCAAGACUCCUGAAAUGACUGUUCAGACACCUAAAAUCUCCAUGCAGGAUGUGGAUCUGAGCCUCAGGUCCCCUGAACUGAAAGGAGACAUUAAGGUUUCUGCUCCUGGGGUUCAAGGUGAUGUUAAAGGCCCUCAAGUAGCACUUAAGGGCGCCAAAGUGGACACAGAGACACCCAGCCUAGAGGGGACCGUGACUGGCCCCAAGUUUACUGGUCCGUCUAGGAAAGAAGGAAGCUGCAGGAUCUCUAUGGCAGACGUAGACUUAAAUGUGGCUGCCCCAAAGGUGAAAGGGGGUGUGGAUGUCAUGCUUCCAAAAGUAGAGGGGAAAGUCAGUGUCCCUGAAGUGGAUGUCAGAGGCCCCAAAGUGGAUGUCAGUGCCCCAGAUGUGGACGUUCGUGGUCCGGACUGGCACCUGAAAAUGCCCAAGAUGAAAAUGCCCAAGUUCAGCACUCCAGGAGUUAAAGGGGAAGGGCCAGAUGUAGACGUGAAUCUCCCCAAAGGUGAUGUCAGUAUUUCAGGGCCCAAGGUCAGUGUGGAGGCCCCAAAUGUCAACCUAGGGGGCCUGGUGGGCAACCUUAAAGGCCCUGAUGUUCAGCUGCCUGAAGUGAGUGUCAAGACACCAAAGCUCACCAUGCCUGAUGUGGAUUGGCAUGUGAAAGGCCCAAAGGUAAGAGGAGAGUAUGAUGUAACAGCAUCAAAACUUGAAGGAGAGCUGAAAGGCCCCAAAGUGGACAUUGAUGCCCCUGAUGUGGACGUUCGUGGCCCAGACUGGCACCUGCAGAUGCCCAAGAUGAAAAUGCCCAAAUUCACUGUGCCAGGGUUCAAAGCAGAGGGCCCCGAAGUGAAUGUAAACCUGCCUGAGCCUGAUGUGGACAUUUCUGGGCCCAAGGUAGAUGUCUGUGCUCCAGAUGUGAGUAUUGAGGGACCAGAGGGGAAAUUGAAAGGACCCAAGUUUAAGAUGCCUGAGAUGAAUAUCAAAGCCCCAAAGAUCUCCAUACCAGAUGUGGACUUACAUCUGAAAGGCCCUAGUGUGAAAGGAGAAUAUGAUGUCACAGUGCCGAAGGUUGAAGGCGAGGUUAAAGUUCCUGAUGUUGAACUUAAAAGUGCCAAACUGGACAUUGAUGCUCCAGAUGUGGACGUUCACGGCCCAGACUGGCACCUCAAGAUGCCCAAAAUGAUAAUGCCCAAGUUCAGCAUGCCUGGCCUCAGAGCAGAGGGCCCAGAAGUGGACGUGAACCUGCCCAAGACUGACAUUGACAGCACUGGACCCAAGGUGGAUGUUGAACUUCCAGAUGUGAAUAUUGAAGGACCUGAAGGAAAGCUGAAGGGUCCCAAGUUUAAGAUGCCUGAGGUGACUAUCAAGGCCCCCAAGAUCUCCAUGCCUGAUGUAGAUUUGCAUAUGAAAGGUCCCAAGGUAAAGGGGGAAUAUGAUGUUACAGUGCCAAAGCUGGAGGGGGACCUGAAGGGGCCAAAGGUAGACGUCAGUGCCCCAGAUGUUGGAGUUCACAGUCCUGAUUGGAACCUAAAGAUGCCAAAGAUGAAAAUGCCCAGAUUCACCAGGCCCAGCCUUAAAGGAGAGGGCCCAGAAUUGGGUGUGAACCUGCCCAAGGCCGAUGUUGACAUUUCUGCCCACAAGGUAGAUAUUAGUGCUCCAGAUCUGAGCCUUGAAGGACCAGAAGGGAAGUUGAAAGGCCCCAAGUUUAAGAUGCCUGAGAUGCACUUCAAAGCUCCCAAGAUGACCCUGCCAGAUGUUGACAUGGAUCUUAAAGGACCCAAAAUGAAAGGGAAUCUAGGUGUGUCUGCACCAAAAAUCGAAGGCGAGAUGAAAGCUCCACGUGUGGACAUCAAAGGCCCCAAAGUAGAUGUUAAAGCACCAGAUGUGGAAGUUCAGGAUGCAGACUGGAGUCUGAAGAUGCCCAAGAUGAAAAUGCCUAAAUUCAGCAUGCCAAGCUUCAAAGGCGAGGGCCCAGAUGUGGACGUGAACCUGCCCAAGGCUGACAUUGAUGUCUCCGGGCCCAAGGUGGACAUUGAAGCCCCAGAUGUGAGCCUGGAGGGGCCGGAAGGGAAGCUCAGGGGUCCCAAGUUUAAGAUGCCUGAGAUGCACUUCAGGGCCCCCAAGAUCUCCACGCCUGAUGUGGACUUACACUUGAAAGGCCCCAAAGUCAAAGGGGAUGUGGAUGUGUCUGUGCCCAAGAUAGAAGGUGAAACGCAAGUGCCAGGUGUGGACAUCGAAGGCCCCAAAGUGGACGUUGAGGUCCCAGAUGUGGACGUUCAAGGCCCCGACUGGCACCUGAAGAUGCCCAAGAUGAAAAUGCCCAAGUUCAGCAUGCCCGGCUUCAGAGGAGAGGGCCCUGAAGUGGACGUGAACCUGCCUAAAGCUGACAUUGACGUCUCAGGACCCAAGGUGGACAUUGAAGCCCCAGAUGUAGGAGAUUAUGAUGUUACGGUUCCAAAAGUAGAAGGAGAGAUUAAAGCUCCUGACAUUGACAUCGAGGGUCCAAAAGUAGACAUUAAUGCACCAGAUGUGGGAGCUCAUGGUCCAGACUGGCACCUGAAGAUGCCCAAGAUAAAAAUGCCCAAGAUCAGCAUGCCCAGCUUCAAAGGAGAGGGCCCUGAAGUGGAUGUGAACCUGCCUAAAGCUGACAUUGACGUCUCAGGACCCAAGGUGGAUGUUGAAGUUCCCAAUGUGAAUAUUGAAGGUCCAGAUGCAAAACUAAAAGGUCCUAAAUUUAAGUUGCCAGAAAUGAAUAUAAAGCCUCAGAAGAUAUCCAUGCCUGAUGUUAGUCUGCAUUUGAAAGGCCAUAAAAUGAAAGGAGAUUAUGAUGUUACGGUUCCAAAAGUAGAAGGAGAGAUUAAAGCUCCUGACAUUGACAUCGAGGGUCCAAAAGUAGACAUUAAUGCACCAGAUGUGGGAGCUCAUGGUCCAGACUGGCACCUGAAGAUGCCCAAGAUAAAAAUGCCCAAGAUCAGCAUGCCCAGCUUCAAAGGAGAGGGCCCUGAAGUGGAUGUGAACCUGCCUAAAGCUGACAUUGACGUCUCAGGACCCAAGGUGGAUGUUGAAGUUCCCAAUGUGAAUAUUGAAGGUCCAGAUGCAAAACUAAAAGGUCCUAAAUUUAAGUUGCCAGAAAUGAAUAUAAAGCCUCAGAAGAUAUCCAUGCCUGAUGUUAGUCUGCAUUUGAAAGGCCAUAAAAUGAAAGGAGAUUAUGAUGUUACGGUUCCAAAAGUAGAAGGAGAGAUUAAAGCUCCUGACAUUGACAUCGAGGGUCCAAAAGUAGACAUUAAUGCACCAGAUGUGGGAGCUCAUGGUCCAGACUGGCACCUGAAGAUGCCCAAGAUAAAAAUGCCCAAGAUCAGCAUGCCCAGCUUCAAAGGAGAGGGCCCUGAAGUGGAUGUGAACCUGCCUAAAGCUGACAUUGACGUCUCAGGACCCAAGGUGGAUGUUGAAGUUCCCAAUGUGAAUAUUGAAGGUCCAGAUGCAAAACUAAAAGGUCCUAAAUUUAAGUUGCCAGAAAUGAAUAUAAAGCCUCAGAAGAUAUCCAUGCCUGAUGUUAGUCUGCAUUUGAAAGGCCAUAAAAUGAAAGGAGAUUAUGAUGUUACGGUUCCAAAAGUAGAAGGAGAGAUUAAAGCUCCUGACAUUGACAUCGAGGGUCCAAAAGUAGACAUUAAUGCACCAGAUGUGGGAGCUCAUGGUCCAGACUGGCACCUGAAGAUGCCCAAGAUAAAAAUGCCCAAGAUCAGCAUGCCCAGCUUCAAAGGAGAGGGCCCUGAAGUGGAUGUGAACCUGCCUAAAGCUGACAUUGACGUCUCAGGACCCAAGGUGGAUGUUGAAGUUCCCAAUGUGAAUAUUGAAGGUCCAGAUGCAAAACUAAAAGGUCCUAAAUUUAAGUUGCCAGAAAUGAAUAUAAAGCCUCAGAAGAUAUCCAUGCCUGAUGUUAGUCUGCAUUUGAAAGGCCAUAAAAUGAAAGGAGAUUAUGAUGUUACGGUUCCAAAAGUAGAAGGAGAGAUUAAAGCUCCUGACAUUGACAUCGAGGGUCCAAAAGUAGACAUUAAUGCACCAGAUGUGGGAGCUCAUGGUCCAGACUGGCACCUGAAGAUGCCCAAGAUGAAAAUGCCCAAGUUCAGCAUGCCCGGCUUCAGAGGAGAGGGCCCUGAAGUGGAUGUGAACCUGCCUAAAGCUGACAUUGACGUCUCAGGACCCAAGGUGGAUGUUGAAGUUCCCAAUGUGAAUAUUGAAGGUCCAGAUGCAAAACUAAAAGGUCCUAAAUUUAAGUUGCCAGAAAUGAAUAUAAAGCCUCAGAAGAUAUCCAUGCCUGAUGUUAGUCUGCAUUUGAAAGGCCAUAAAAUGAAAGGAGAUUAUGAUGUUACGGUUCCAAAAGUAGAAGGAGAGAUUAAAGCUCCUGACAUUGACAUCGAGGGUCCAAAAGUAGACAUUAAUGCACCAGAUGUGGGAGCUCAUGGUCCAGACUGGCACCUGAAGAUGCCCAAGAUAAAAAUGCCCAAGAUCAGCAUGCCCUGGCACCUGAAGAUGCCCAAGAUGAAAAUGCCCAAGUUCAGCAUGCCUGGCUUCAGAGGAGAGGGCCCUGAAGUGGACGUGAACCUGCCCAAGGCUGACAUUGACGUCUCAGGACCCAAGGUGGACAUUGAAGCCCCAGAUGUGAGCCUGGAGGGGCCGGAAGGGAAGCUCAAGGGUCCCAAGUUUAAGAUGCCUGAGAUGCACUUCAAGGCCCCCAAGAUCUCCAUGCCUGAUGUAGACUUACACUUGAAAGGCCCCAAAGUCAAAGGGGAUGUGGAUGUGUCUGUGCCCAAGAUAGAAGGUGAAAUGCAAGUGCCAGAUGUGGACAUCAAAGGUCCCAAAGUGGAUGUUGAUGUUCCAGAUGUGGAUGUUCAAGGCCCCGACUGGCAGCUGAAGAUGCCCAAGAUGAAAAUGCCCAAGUUCAGCAUGCCUGGCUUCAGAGGAGAGGGCCCUGAAGUGGACGUGAACCUGCCCAAGGCUGACAUUGACGUCUCAGGACCCAAGGUGGACAUUGAAGCCCCAGAUGUGAGCCUGGAGGGGCCGGAAGGGAAGCUCAAGGGUCCCAAGUUUAAGAUGCCUGAGAUGCACUUCAAGGCCCCCAAGAUCUCCAUGCCUGAUGUAGACUUACACUUGAAAGGCCCCAAAGUCAAAGGGGAUGUGGAUGUGUCUGUGCCCAAGAUAGAAGGUGAAAUGCAAGUGCCAGAUGUGGACAUCAAAGGCCCCAAAGUGGACGUUGAGGUCCCAGAUGUGGACGUUCAAGGCCCCGACUGGCACCUGAAGAUGCCCAAGAUGAAAAUGCCCAAGUUCAGCAUGUAUAAGAUGCCUGAGAUGCACUUCAGGGCCCCCAAGAGCCCCACGCCUGAUGUGGACUUACACUUGAAAGGCCCCAAAGUCAAAGGGGAUGUGGAUGUGUCUGUGCCCAAGAUAGACGGUGAAAUGCAAGUGCCAGGUGUGGGCAUCGAAGGCCCCAAAGUGGACGUUGAGGUCCCAGAUGUGGACGUUCAAGGCCCCGAGAUUAAAGCUCCUGACAUUGACAUCGAGGGUCCAAAAGUAGACAUUAAUGCACCAGAUGUGGGAGCUCAUGGUCCAGACUGGCACCUGAAGAUGCCCAAGAUAAAAAUGCCCAAGAUCAGCAUGCCCAGCUUCAAAGGAGAGGGCCCUGAAGUGGAUGUGAACCUGCCUAAAGCUGACAUUGACGUCUCAGGACCCAAGGUGGAUGUUGAAGUUCCCAAUGUGAAUAUUGAAGGUCCAGAUGCAAAACUAAAAGGUCCUAAAUUUAAGUUGCCAGAAAUGAAUAUAAAGCCUCAGAAGAUAUCCAUGCCUGAUGUUAGUCUGCAUUUGAAAGGCCAUAAAAUGAAAGGAGAUUAUGAUGUUACGGUUCCAAAAGUAGAAGGAGAGAUUAAAGCUCCUGACAUUGACAUCGAGGGUCCAAAAGUAGACAUUAAUGCACCAGAUGUGGGAGCUCAUGGUCCAGACUGGCACCUGAAGAUGCCCAAGAUAAAAAUGCCCAAGAUCAGCAUGCCCAGCUUCAAAGGAGAGGGCCCUGAAGUGGAUGUGAACCUGCCUAAAGCUGACAUUGACGUCUCAGGACCCAAGGUGGAUGUUGAAGUUCCCAAUGUGAAUAUUGAAGGUCCAGAUGCAAAACUAAAAGGUCCUAAAUUUAAGUUGCCAGAAAUGAAUAUAAAGCCUCAGAAGAUAUCCAUGCCUGAUGUUAGUCUGCAUUUGAAAGGCCAUAAAAUGAAAGGAGAUUAUGAUGUUACGGUUCCAAAAGUAGAAGGAGAGAUUAAAGCUCCUGACAUUGACAUCGAGGGUCCAAAAGUAGACAUUAAUGCACCAGAUGUGGGAGCUCAUGGUCCAGACUGGCACCUGAAGAUGCCCAAGAUAAAAAUGCCCAAGAUCAGCAUGCCCAGCUUCAAAGGAGAGGGCCCUGAAGUGGAUGUGAACCUGCCUAAAGCUGACAUUGACGUCUCAGGACCCAAGGUGGAUGUUGAAGUUCCCAAUGUGAAUAUUGAAGGUCCAGAUGCAAAACUAAAAGGUCCUAAAUUUAAGUUGCCAGAAAUGAAUAUAAAGCCUCAGAAGAUAUCCAUGCCUGAUGUUAGUCUGCAUUUGAAAGGCCAUAAAAUGAAAGGAGAUUAUGAUGUUACGGUUCCAAAAGUAGAAGGAGAGAUUAAAGCUCCUGACAUUGACAUCGAGGGUCCAAAAGUAGACAUUAAUGCACCAGAUGUGGGAGCUCAUGGUCCAGACUGGCACCUGAAGAUGCCCAAGAUAAAAAUGCCCAAGAUCAGCAUGCCUGGCUUCAAAGGAGAGGGCCCAGAAGUGGAUGUGAACCUGCCCAAGGCUGACAUUGACGUCUCCGGACCCAAGGUGGACAUUGAUGUUCCAGAUGUGAAUAUUGAAGGUCCAGAGGGGAAACUAAAGGGUCCCAAGUUCAAGAUGCCAAGCAUGCAUAUACAGACACACAAAAUCUCUAUGCCGGAUGUUGGACUUAAUCUGAAAGCCCCUAAACUGAAAACUGAUGUAGAUGUUUCUCUUCCCAAAGUGGAAGGAGACUUGAAAGGUCCUGGAAUUGACAUAAAAGCCCCUAAAAUGGAUGUGGAUGUUGGUGAUAUAGAUGUUGAAUGUCCAGAAGGAAAGCUCAAGGGUCCCAAGUUUAAGAUGCCUGAGAUGCACUUCAAAGCCCCCAAGAUCUCCAUGCCUGAUGUGGACUUAAACUUGAAAGGCCCCAAAGUCAAGGGGGAUGUGGAUGUGUCUGUGCCCAAGAUAGAAGGUGAAACGCAAGUGCCAGAUGUUGAAGUCAGAGGACCCAAAGUAGACAUUGAUGUCCCAGAUGUGGACGUUCAGGGCCCAGACUGGCACCUGAAGAUGCCCAAGGUGAAAAUGCCCAAGUUCAGCAUGUCUGGCUUCAAAGGAGAGGGCCCUGAUGUAGAUGUGAACCUACCAAAGGCUGACAUUGAUGCUUCUGGCCCCAAAGUGGACAUUGAUACUCCUGAUUUGGAUAUUGAGGGACCAGAAGGAAAAUUAAAAGGUUCUAAAUUUAAGAUGCCUAAGUUGAAUAUCAAAGCUCCCAAGAUAUCCAUGCCAGAUGUGGACUUGAAUUUGAAGGGACCCAAACUGAAAGGAGAGAUGGAUGCUUCUGUGCCAGAACUAGAAGGUGAUCUCAGAGGUCCGCAAGUUGAUAUCAAAGGGCCUAGUGUGGAUGUGGAGGUGCCUGACGUGGAUCUGGAAUGUCCUGAUGCAAAGUUGAAAGGCCCUAAGUUUAAGAUGCCUGAGAUGCACUUCAAAGCCCCCAAGAUCUCCAUGCCCGAUGUAGACUUACACUUGAAAGGCCCCAGAGUCAAAGGGGAUGUGGAUGUGUCUGUGCCCAAGAUAGAAGGUGAAAUGCAAGUGCCACUUGUGGACAUCAAAGGCCCCAAAGUGGACGUUGAGGUCCCAGAUGUGGACGUUCAGGGCCCCGACUGGCACCUGAAGAUGCCCAAGAUGAAAAUGCCCAAGUUCAGCAUGCCCGGCUUCAGAGGAGAGGGCCCUGAAGUGGAUGUGAACCUGCCUAAAGCUGACAUUGACGUCUCAGGACCCAAGGUGGACAUUGAAGGCCCCGACUGGCACCUGAAGAUGCCCAAGAUGAAAAUGCCCAAGUUCAGCAUGCCCGGCUUCAGAGGAGAGGGCCCUGAAGUGGACGUGAACCUGCCCAAGGCUGACAUUGACGUCUCAGGACCCAAAGUUGAGAUUGAAGCCCCGGAUGUGAGCCUUGAAGGUCCAGAAGGGAAGCUCAAGGGUCCCAAGUUUAAGAUGCCUGAGAUGCACUUCAAGCCUCCGAAGAUCUCCAUGCCUGACAUUGAUUUAAACCUCAAGAGCCCCAAGGUGAAAGGUGAUGUGGAUGUUUCUCUGCCCAAAGUUGAAGGGGGUCUGAAAGGGCCAGAGGUUGACAUCAAAGGUCCCAAAGUGGACACUGAUGUCCCCGACAUGGAUGUUCAUGGCCCAGACUGGCACCUGAAGAUGCCCAAGAUAAAAAUGCCCAAGAUCAGCAUGCCCAGCUUCAAAGGAGAGGGCCCUGACUUGAAAGGCCCCAAAGUCAAAGGGGAUGUGGAUGUGUCUGUGCCCAAGAUAGAAGGUGAAAUGCAAGUGCCAGAUGUGGACAUCAAAGGUCCCAAAGUGGAUGUUGAUGUUCCAGAUGUGGAUGUUCAAGGCCCCGACUGGCAGCUGAAGAUGCCCAAGAUGAAAAUGCCCAAGUUCAGCAUGCCCGGCUUCAAAGGCCAAGGCCCAGAUGUGGAUGUGAACCUGCCCAAGGCUGACAUUGACGUCUCAGGACCCAAGGUGGACAUUGAAACCCCAGAUGUGAGCCUUGAGGGGCCAGAAGGAAAGCUUAAGGGUCCCAAGUUUAAGAUGCCUGAGAUGCACUUCAGGGCCCCCAAGAUCUCCAUGCCUGAUGUGGACUUACACUUGAAGAUCGACGAGAACGUGCUGGGAGCCCAGCUGGAUGUUGAUGCCGCCCACUCAGAGAUCCUCAAGUACUUCCAGUCGGUCACCUCCAACCGGUGGCUUAUGGUCAAAAUCUUCCUCAUCCUCAUUGUCUUCUUCAUCAUCUUUGUGGUCUUCCUGGCCUGA